UAACCCCGGGAUUGCAGUGUGCACGUCCCCCACCUCCAGCAAGUACCCCAGCAGCCUCCUGACUGCAUCCUCCCCUCCCCCCACGCAGGCCUCGCACGCCUCCUGUGGUCUAUCGAGGCACAGCAGCUCUCCCCUCCUGUGUGCUGUGCGGUCGGGGGGGAGGCAGUGCAGACCGCCGCGGGCUCCGGGCCUAGCGCUGUGUGUGAUGAGGGGCAGGCGCACGGUCAGUGCCUGCACAGGAUGGAUGAAGCCUGUGAUCUAGACAGGCUUGGCAGCGGCCCGGCCUAUUUUACCGCCUUGGAUCCUAAUGCCCAGCGCAAACGGUACGUGGCGGAUCGAAGCAUGUUAGAGCCGGUGAACGGGUGCCCGGCGCAACGCAAUCAGCCGCUGCAGACUAACUUGCCAGGUUAUGGUCAGGAAUCCACUUCCCAUUACAAUCCGCUGCAACGGCUCCAAGACAUCGCCUCCAUGAUGAAUAUGGAUGGCGUGAACGGAUCGCAUAACGUGGACAGACGCGUGUCGGAGCCAAGUCCGCAGGCUUACUUUUAUAAUCAAAGCGAGCCGCCGAUUCAUCCCACGGGACCCGAUCCCCCGCGUCACUAUACCCCAGACAUUCCUAUGAAAUCCUGUAAGCCUUUAAAAAAUGGAAUGCACCCCUUUAAUACAUUUUGUCACGCGGAACCCGAAUAUAAUGUGGAACAUCUAAAUUAUGGACUGGCUGAAUCUGGCUUUGGCAUGCAUUUGCCUGUUUACCGACAAUCGCCUCAGGCAUUGGAUAAUAUUGGGGCACCUACAAAAAUAAACACGCCUCCAGACUUUGGAACAGAUUUGGAGGAUUUGGUUCAGCUGGAUUGGACAAACAAUGGCGAAAAUCAAAUGGAAAAUAAAGCUCUUCAGAGAAAAAGCUCUUUCUUGGCAAUGAUCCAAGAUCCUGAAAUAUCAAAUGGAACCCACUCCAGUACAAUUUCAGAUGAUCUUCUAGAUGGGGGAAUGGAACAAAUUACACCAUUACAAGUGGAUGAUAGGCUAAGUGGGCAUGGGCCACUAGCCAUUAUGAGCCCAGAGGAGGAGUCCUUGUCUUUCGACGAUGAACUAGAAGAUUUUGAUACAAGUCGUGAACUUUCUCCAAUCUCCUCGGAAUUACAAGUUCGACAACCGAAGAGGAAAAAAGCUGCUCCUGUAAUCUAUGAAGAAGGGGACAUUGUGUGGGCAAAGUUCAGUCGACGCCCUUGGUGGCCAUGUAAGAUCUGUGCAGUACCUCCUCAGGAAGAAAAAGGUGCAUCUACUACAAAGUCACCACGACGGUACUAUGUGGAAACGCUGGGGGAACUAACUGAAAAAGUUUGGGUGACAGCAAAAGCAGUUGUUCCUUUCAAAGGAGUCUAUCAGUUUGAAGAAUUACCUGAUUCAAGGCCAUCUCAGAAGGAAGGUUGUAGCAAACCUAAGAUUCCAUCAAAACUUCUACCACUAUGGCAGUCAAGUAUUACUCAUGCCCUGGAUUGCCUUGCCAAGACAGAAUAUGGAGAUGUUGUACAGUUUGCAAGUCCAACAGAGAAACAGACAGAUUAUGGCGGGAAAAAAUUCACUGGGACAAUCAGUGUAUUGAACGGUUUUGUAAAACCUCAUCUGUCUAACUGUGUCCCAUCUCCUUGCACUAACACAGAUUCUACAAAGAAAAAACAAGGUAUAAGCCGAAAGCCUUUAAAUAAGGACUCUCCUAAGACUAAAUACUUAGGAGAAGACUUUGUGGCCUCUAAACAAGCUGUCUCUCCUGAUUAUUGGUCUAAUGAAACAAGUGAUGAGAAGAUAAAAAUGCCACCAGCUCAGAAAGAAAAUAGUAAUCUCAAGCAAAUAUUUAACGAUCCCCAUAGCCUUAGUAGAGAAAGCAGCAGUACUGGACUAGUGGAGCAAGACAAGUGUUUAAUGGAUAAGCAGUCUAUGAGUGAUCAUGAUCAGACUGCAAAGUCUUUAGUAAAACCAAUGGUGUCUUCAACAACGGAUAUAUGUAUAAAUGAACUGAGCCCUCUUAAUCAAUCUCCAAAGCAAAGUGUUGUCUCAGAAGUGGAGGUGUCUGCGGAAAAUAUAAAAAUCAAGAAACGUGUUAGAGAGUGCUCAUUAUCCAGUCCUUUAAGUGCUAAUAAAAAACCUUCCAGAUCCCAAGACUAUUCGGUCUGCAGCAAAGGUAUGUCGCCAAAUAAAACGGCAGCACCAGAGUCUCCUGGGGAAUCUCAAAGGCAAAUAUCGGCAAAUCAUAAUAUCAGCAAAGUUCACCAUUCUCUGAAUGAUUUGACUAGGCCUCUAAAUGUUGAAAGCCUGUCCUGCACAGCAGGUGAAAACGUACAUGAGCAAUUAAGUAUGGCCUCCACAAACUCGCCUAAAUCGCCUACUGAGCCGGGAUGCACAGAAGUGUUCUGUGACUCGAAUGGGGGGAGUAGCGAUUCUGUGGAGAAAGAACAAUCCGAUAGGAUAAGCAAGGACAAUGCUGAAAAUGCAACUUCAAAACCUUCUACACCCUUACUUUUCCAGUCGGCUCCGGGUCAAAGUAGAAUCCCUAUGGAGCAUGAUUAUAAAUACAGCAGCCUGUUAAUGAUGCUUAAAGAUCUUCAUGAUACCAAAGAAAAGGAAAGACCGCUUAUGACUGGAACAAAAACAUCUUCCGUGUGUAGCCCUAUGGAAUGUUCUUCAGAAAGUGGGUCAGAUAAGGUAUCAAAGACUUCAUUAGAGGUUGACCUGAAACAAGAGCCUGCAAAUACCAGUAAUGAAGCAAAGGAUCUUUCGUUUACUCAGACUGGUGCACAGCUUUCCUGUAGCUCCAAUGGGAAUUCAGAUGAGUCGUCGGAUCCUAAUAUUUCAGUACCCCGCCCCAAAAAAAUCUUUACAAAGCCCUGCAUUCUGCAGAAAAGACGCAUUAGGACAAUAGAAGCAUAUACAAAUAAAAGCGCUUCUCCUCUAAAAGAGAAUGUGUCUUCAGAAAGCAUGAGCCAGCCUUUGGUAGGAAGAAUGCCUGAUGGGUCAAAGCUGGGCUCUUCCCCCAACAGUAUUGCAUCUUCUCAGAAUGACACACUAAUAAAAGCGAAUGUGGAAACGUUCUCAAGUAAUCCUUUUGCACAGUUCAAUGUUGUAAAUGAUGCACAAACUCUCCAAAUGAGCACAACUGAAGUGAAACCCCAUGGAAAGGAGACUGAAGCAGAUUCAGGAGUUAAAGGGUGCCCAGGGCUGGAUGAGCCAGAGACUAAUUAUGUUGCACCAAAAAAACGCUGGCAGAAAUUUGAGCAUUCUAUUGAAGAAAACCACAGUGGAGGUUCUACAAAGGACUGUACCCCACCAAUCGCUGAUCUGAGUGACGAAAGCAAAGUUUCCAGUUCUGUCACGGCACAACCUGACCCACCACGACGAGCAGUAGGAACUAACUGGGGUAAGAAGUAUCGGAAGAGAUCCAGAAAGAGAGCCAGAAAUGUUGCAGAUGAGCACGGGACUUCUGGUGCCCCAAAGAAAAGGAACUGUAGACAGCCUUUAGCUGCUUCACAGCAUGAACCCACCAAAGAGCAAGACAAUCUGGGUCACAGUAAUCAAACAGGAAGUGAACCUGCUGAAAAGGGCACUAAUCUCUCAAAUGGAGAAGAUGGAACAUUUUCAGGAAUGGCUACCCAGGUUACCAUAAAAACCGAACCUAUUGAAGAAUCGAGUGGCAGCACUGCUCCUCCAGCAAAACCAGCAAACUGUGGAAAUAGACGCAAAAGUAAACUUAUUCCAAGAGUGUGUGACUUUGAUGACCUGGAUGCACAAUUUGGUAUUAAAGAGGAAGAGGAGGAAGAGACGAUUUGUCCUAAAGCUAAGCCUAUUGUUUUGCCUGUGAAGAAACCUCUGAAACGUAUCCGGCACCGAAAAGCAAACCAUGGAAAUAAAAGCAAAAGUAAAGCUAUUCCAAGAGUGUGUGACUUUGAUGACCUGGAUGCACAAUUUGGUAUUAAAGAGGAAGAGGAGGAAGAGACGAUUUGUCCUAAAGAGAAGCCUGCUAUUGCUUUGCCUGUGAAGAAACCUCUGAAACGUAUCCGGUACCGAAAAACAACCAGUAAACUAUCUGAAAAUCGGAAGAGGCGAAAACGGUUAAGACUUGCUGGAAGGAUCAAGAAGGAAAAGCACCUGUCCUCUCGGGAAUCUUCACAUUCUGAGGGUGAAAAUAUCGGUGCAGCCAGUCCCAGUGACACUGUUGAGGAGGGACUGUAUCCAGAGCAUGGAGGAGCUUCUAAGAAGAGCUGUGAACGAGGUGGAGGGGGAGCCGCCAUGAAAGAGAAUGUGUGCCAGGUCUGUGAAAAGCCAGGGGAACUGCUGCUUUGUGAGGCCCAGUGUUGUGGAGCAUUUCACUUGGAGUGCCUUGGGUUGAGUGGCAUGCCGCGGGGAAAGUUCAUCUGUAGUGAGUGUUCUUCAGGUGUCCAUUCAUGCUUUGUGUGCAAGACCUCUGAUUCUGGGGUGAAACGCUGUUCUCUAGCUCUGUGUGGGAAGUAUUAUCAUGAAAGCUGUGCUUUUAAUUAUCCCCCCACGUUACAGCUUAAUAAAGGCUUCCGCUGUCCCUUGCAUGUGUGCAUCACCUGCUAUUCCAACUAUCCCAGCAACCAAUCAUCUUCUAAAGGUCGGUUGAUGAGAUGCGUUCGUUGCCCGGUUGCAUAUCAUGCCAACGACUUUUGUCUGGCUGCAGGAACAGUUACCCUGGCUUCUAAUAGCAUUAUUUGCCCCAAUCACUUUACGCCACGUAGAGGAUGCAAGAACCACGAACAUAUCAAUGUUAGCUGGUGCUUUGUGUGCUCCGAAGGUGGAAGUCUCCUUUGUUGUGAAUCUUGUCCAGCUGCUUUUCACCAAGAGUGUCUUAACAUCGAAAUGCCAGAGGGCAACUGGUUCUGCAAUGACUGUAAAGCUGGCAAAAAACCUCAUUAUAAGGAAGUGGUGUGGGUCAAAGUUGGGAGAUACAGGUGGUGGCCAGCUGAGGUUUGUCAUCCAAAGAGCAUUCCUACAAACAUCAUGAAGAUGAAGCAUGAUAUUGGAGAGUUUCCCGUUUUAUUUUUUGGGUCAAAGGAUUAUUUGUGGACUCACCAGGCCAGAGUUUUUCCAUAUAUGGAAGGAGACGCCCUCAACAAAGAUAAAAUGAGCAAAGGGGUUGAUGCUGUCUACAAAAAGGGGCUAAUGGAAGCUGCAGAGAGGUUUGAAGAAUUAAAAGCACAGAAAGAGAUGAGGCAGCUACAAGAGGAAAAGAGAAAUGACAAAAAGCCUCCACCAUAUAAGCACAUUAAAGUAAACAGGCCAGUUGGGAAGGUUCAGAUCCUUACAGCUGAUCUGUCAGAAAUCCCUCGUUGCAACUGCAAGGAAACAGAUGAUCACCCGUGUGGCCAGGACUCUGAAUGCAUUAACCGCAUGCUGCUAUACGAAUGCCAUCCUUCAGUUUGCCCAGCUGGCGAGCGCUGCCAGAAUCAGGAUUUCUCCAAACGCCAGUACCCAGAUGUGGAGAUCUUCCGAACGCUGAGCCGGGGCUGGGGAUUACGUUGCAAGACUGAGGUUAAAAAGGGUGAAUUUGUUAAUGAAUAUGUGGGAGAAAUGAUUGAUGAAGAGGAAUGUCGAGCUCGCAUUCGCUAUGCUCAGGAGCAAGAUAUCUCAAAUUUCUACAUGCUAACCUUAGACAAGGACCGUGUCAUUGAUGCUGGGCCAAAGGGUAAUUUUGCACGCUUCAUGAACCACUGCUGCCAGCCAAACUGCGAGACUCAAAAAUGGACUGUUAAUGGUGACACUCGAGUUGGACUUUUUGCCUUGUGUGACGUUAAAGCUGGAACGGAAUUGACAUUCAACUAUAACUUGGAAUGUCUGGGAAACGGAAAGACCGUGUGUAAAUGUGGUGCACCCAACUGCAGUGGUUUUCUAGGAGUCAGACCCAAGAACCAGCCGCUGUCUGAAGACCGGGCCAGGAGGAAGUAUGUGAAGCGCACAAAGCAUGAGGUGGUUAAGGAGCAUGAAGAUGAAUGUUUUAGCUGUGGAGAUGGAGGACAGCUUAUUACUUGUAAAAGACACGGUUGCCCCAAGGUUUAUCAUGCUGAUUGCUUAAAUUUAACACGUAGACCUGCUGGCAAGUGGGAAUGUCCGUGGCAUCAAUGUGAUGUGUGUAGCAAAGAGGCAGCUUCUUUCUGUGAUGUGUGCCCCAGCUCCUUUUGCAAAGGUCACCGUGAGGGAAUGCUUUUCAUCUCCAAGCUUGACGGACGAUUAUCCUGCACUGAGCAUGACCCAUGUGGGCCUAAUCCUUUGGAGCCUGGUGAAAUUCGUGAAUCUGAAUCCCCUUCUAGCAAAAAGAGCGAUCCCAUCAAGCCACCUUCUGCCACAAAAGCUGCAGCAGACAGUGCCAAGGAAAAAAGCCCGCCCUUGGUCGAUAAGAAAAGCAAACUAACAAAGGUGUUGCUGAGUUCCUCUUUAACUGGUAAUCAAGAACCUGUAUUCCUGGCUCUAGAGGAAAAUGACAAGCCGCCUGGUAAGGUUUUAGUUGGGUGUUCAGAUAAAAUGUCUCUGUCUGCUGGCAAGAUACUUUUGACCUCUGCAGGCCAGAAGUCGUCCACUGGAAGAAAGCUGUUUCUGGCCUCUCCCACACAAAAAGCUUUGCCGCCUGGAAAAGUGCUGUUGGCCUCUUUGGGGAAGAAAUCUUUAUCUACUGGGAAGCUGUUGCUGGCCUCUUUGGGAAAGAAAAGUCUGACUUCUGGGAAGGUACUGCUAUCCCCCGUAGGAAAGAAUUCUUCACAAGUUGGUAGAGUGCUGCUAUCUCCUACAGGAAAACACGCAGGGAAAGUUGUGUUGUCUUCGGCUGGAAAGUUACCGGCAGAGGCCGGGAAGGUGUACUUGACUGCUGCUGUAAAACACCAGGCUGUUGCAGGCAAACCUGUUGUGGCUGAUGAAAAAGUCCUAGCUGGCAAAUCUGAUUAUGUGAAAAAAAGCCAGCUUGACCCACAACCUCAACCUCCUAGGACACUACCCCUUAAUACCUCUGUAGAUAAAUGUAAUACUCCUUUGCAGAAAAAAUUGCCCCCAGUCACCCCUAAACAGGAGCCUAAAGAUCCCUGCCAAAAAGCGAGCACUGGUUUAACAAAAGAGAGGCCUGGGCGUGCGAAUGAUCUUCACAAUGGUUUGGACAGCAAAAAGCAGUCUAAAACUUCUUCCCAGAGAUCGCCCAUUCAUAUAUCUCAGGAGAAACUAAGCACCCUUGAAGGAACAUGGUCACCAGAAGAGAAAUCUAAAAGCUUGUUAGGAAAACGUGUAAAUUGUAGACAAACACCCCCCACUACUUCAAAAGACCAAACUAGGAUCGCCAAAGAGAGGCUUCGUUCUGCAUCUGGCAAAACUUUUAUCCAAGUACAUGACAGCGAUUCAGAAGAUGAAUAUUUGCCAUCUAUAUACUGCAUUGAAGAAACGUCUCUCUCCGAUCAACAAGGGGCAGGUGUUUCUGCUGAGCAGGAACUUUCUACAGAGUGCCAGGCGCCAACCCCAUCUAGGGCUUCUCAAGGUCUUGCUGUGCGCGCUGCACCUGAAAAGAAGUGACGUGUAGAACUUCAAAUGGAACUUGUGCCUCAUCACGUAUCGAAGUGCAAAGCAUCGUGCGGACUCAGCUGCCAUGGCUGUAUAGAAAAUAGAUGCAGUGUCAUUGCUCUGUAAAAACAGCAUGCAGACUGUUACAUUUUUUGAUUUGCUUUUAGCUGAUGACAUUUUGCAGUUAGACUUGGUUGUUCCAUCGCUGAGAGCGGACUGCUCCAUUCUUGUCACCAAUAAGGAUUUGUGUAUUCAUGUAAUGACAACUGUUGUCCUUUUUAAAAAGGCUAUGGCCUAUUAAAAAAAAAAAA